ACUACGGCUGCGUGCCCGAGGCUGAUGGGGACAUGGGUGGCAGUGUGGCGGCUGGCUCUUUUCUUCCUCCUGGUACCAAGGCAAGGCGCCGACUGUGGACACAACAGGUGCUGUUUUCAGGACUUGCCGUAUCCAGACACAGAUUCAGGGUCUCUCCCAGGCUCAGCCACGGGCCCCAAGGACCUGAGCUGCUACCGGAUCCCCGGCGAGGGCUAUGAAUGCUCGUGGCAGUAUGAGGGGCCGGUGGCCGGGGUCAGCCACUUCCUGAGAUGCUGCCGCCAGCGCUGCUGCUACUUCCCAGCGGGCCCUGCCACCGGACUCCAGUUCUCGGAGCAAGACGGGGUGCACGUGCUGGAAGACGUCACGCUCUGGGUGGAGUCCCGCUCCGCUAACCGGACAGAGAAGUCACCCAGCAUCACCCUGAAACUCUACGCUUGGGUGAGAUAUGACCCCCCUGAAGAGCCCUUCAGUCUGCUCCGGGCUCCGGGGCAGCUGCAGGUCCAGUGGGAAGCCCAAGGCCAGCCGGACGGCGUCCAGGUGCAGUUUCGGCGGCGGACACCCAGCAGCCCAUGGAUGUCGGGCGACUGCGGGCCCCAGAGUGACAGAUCUACAGAGUCUUGCCUGUGUCCGCUGGAGAUGGACGUGGCUCAGGAAUUGCAACUCCGACGUCGCAGGUGGCUCCUGGGGUCGGGGACCCCUGGGGGUCCCUGGAGCAGCUGGGGCAGCUCCAUGUGCGUCCCCCCUGAACGCCCCCCGCAGCCUGAAGUGCGGCUGGCCGUGGAGCCGCUGCGAGGCGAUGGGAAAAGGAUCCUGACCGUGCAUGGCAAGCCACCGCCGCUGGCACUGCCGGAGGGCUGCCGGGACCUGGAGGCCCGCGGCGCCGAGGUGACCUACUUCAUACACCUGCACAUGCUGUCAUGUGUCUGCAAGGCCAGCGCCACGAGGACCCUCCGCCUGGGCAAGAGGCCGCUCCUCUCGGCGGCCGCCUACAAUGUCACCCUCCUGACCCGCGAUCGCUUUGGCACGAGAAGCAGCCCCGGCCAGACCUGGCACAUCCCAGCUGACACCCACACAGAAAUAGGGACCCUGAACGUCAGCAUGGGGCCCCAGGGGACCAUCCUGACUUGGCCAGCCCGUGCCCAGGACACCACGUACUGCAUUGAGUGGCGGCUGCAGCGCCAGGGGGCAGGCCCGGCCGGCUGCAGGCUGACAGAGGCCGCUGGCGGCGACCCUGGUCCCACUGCCAGCGCCGGCAUGGACACAAACAGCUGGACACCAGGUGCCGGGGACAUGGAGCAGGAGGACUGUUACCAUGUCAUGGUCUUCGCCUCUGCCCACCCGGAGAAGCCCACCUCCUGGACCACAGUCCUGUCCACUUAUCACUUCGGGGGCAAUGCCUCCCUGGCUGGGACCCCACAUCACGUCUCUGUGAGGAAUCACAGCCAUGACUCGGUGACCGUGGCCUGGGCGCCGUCCCCGCUGAGUGCCUGCCCCGGUGUGCUGAAGAAAUACACCGUGCGCUGCCGCGACGAAGAGAAAGGCAGAGUGUCAGAGCAGUCCCAGGACCCCACGAAGACGCAGCUCACGCUGCGUGGCCUGCGUGCGGGCGCAGUCUACUCGGUGCAGGUGCGGGCGGACACGGCGUGGCUGCGUGGUGCCUGGAGCCCGCCCCAGCGCUUCCGCGUAGAAGUCCGGGGUUCCCCUGUGGCCGUGGUCUUGGCCUCACUGGGAAGCUUUGUCAGCGUUCUCCUCCUGGGCGUCGUCGGGUACCUGGGCCUCACCAAGGCUGCCCAGCUCCUGUGCCCGCCGCUGCCCACCCCCCGUGCCAGCACCGCCAUCCAGAUCCCCGGCUCCCCAGGGCACCAGCCUUGGCUGUGGACCAGCCCAGAGGACUUCCCAGAGGAGGUGUACCCACAGCAGGCCCUAACGGUGCUGGAGCCGUCAUCGUGGGACACAGGAGAGGUGACUGAAGCCUUGGAGGAGAAGCCAGAGCCGCCCUUGGGUGCUCCCCAUCUGGCUCUGGACGAGCAGCCCAGGACACAGCCACAGGGCCAGGUGGGGGGCCUGGGUGCCCACGGGCCAGGCACGCAUGGGGCUGCCCGUCUCCCACUGCUCCCCGGGGUCAUCCUGCAAGGUCCCCCACUCAGGGACCCCUGGUGGACUUGGGGACCCGAAAGGGACAAAUAGACCAACUG